CCACUCACGGCCCCGCCCAUGCCCGGGCCCGCCUCGGCAGCGCUGCGCCUGCGCCGGAGCCUCCUCGGCCGUUGAGGGCGGUUGGCUAAGCUGAGGCUCCUGCCGCCGCCACCAGCAGGCCUGGAACCGCAAUGACCAUCACGUACAGCUGCAUUGCUAAUGGCCGGGUGAUCCUGGCCGAGCUGGCCCUGACUGGAGGCUCCUAUCAGGAUGCAGUUUCAUCAGUGCUAAAACUAGUGCUUCUAAAGGCUGAGAAAAAGACCACAGCACGAAUUGGAAGUUACGUCUACCAUACUCUCUUUAUUGAUGGAAUCACUUACUUGUGUGCCACAGACAAUCCCUUGGAUGUUACCUUACCAACUGCAUUUCUUGAUGAGGUGAGCAAAAAUUAUUCUGAAAAUCCCUUGAUGUUACAAGAACCUUUUCCUCCUUCAAAUGCAAUUAUUGCAGAUUUUCAGCAUGUGCUGGGGAAAUGCAUGAUGAAGUACAAUCAAAAUCAAGGAGAAUUUAUGAUUUCUGCUCUGAAAAGUCAAGUGACUGAUGUCAAAAAUUCAAUGUCACAGAAUAUUGACAAAAUGUUGAAAAGAGAAGAAAAACUGAAUAUACUUAUUGACAGAACAGACAAUCUUCAAGUAGCUGAGAAAUUGUCUUUUUUACUCAGGGGUUUAACCCCACUCCUGGAACCAGAAUAUACUGAAGAUUUCUAUUCUACUCCCGUAUCCAUCUCAACUAUAUUCCAGUUUCUUGGACUAAAGCAUUCCAAAAAACAACAACAAAGACUUCUAAGAAGAUGUGGUGGAGAAACUACAAAAUCAUCAUAA